UUGCAUGUUUCCUUUUUCACUUUUUGAGCAAUUUCUGUUGUCCUAAAUUCCCAUAAAUUUCAAGUGAAACAAAAAUGUGAAAAGUCUCCAUGAUCAACAGAUCAACCGAUUAAUUUUGCCUUUUUCUCAAUCUACAAAUCCUUCAUCGAAGCGAAAUUGAGAGAAUUGAAUUUGGGUCAUAUCAUUUGCAAUAUUUGAUCGAUCAUGUCUUUUUCAUUCUUCAAGCCGUCGAGGCCCAAAACCCCGCAAGAGGUAGCCAAGGCGAUCAAGGACAGCCUCAUGGCACUCGACACCAAAACCGUUGUUGAAGUUAAAGCCCUUGAAAAGGCUAUGGAAGAAGUUGAAAAGAAUUUUGUGACAAUGAGAUGCAUGCUUUCUGGAGAUGGGGAGGUUGAACCCAAUGUGGAUCAAGUCUUACAGCUGGCACUUGAAAUUUCGAAAGAGGGUGUUCUUUCUCUUGUUAUUCACAAAUUACCCAUACUGGGAUGGGAGGCAAGAAAGGAUUUGGUACACUGUUGGUCUGUAUUGUUGAAGCAAAAAGUUGACUCCGCAUAUUGCUGUGUGGAGUACAUUGAGAACCAUUUGGAGUUACUAGACUUUCUUGUAGUUUGCUAUGAUAACAAGGAAAUUGCUUUAAAUUGCGGAAAUAUGUUGAGGGAGUGCGUCAAAUUUCCAACACUUGCACAAUACAUAUUAAAGUCUGCUAGCUUUGUAUUGUUCUUCAAAUUUGUGGAGUUGCCCAACUUUGAUGUUGCUUCUGAUGCAUUUUCAACAUUUAAGGAUCUGCUUACAAAACAUGGAACAUUGGUAUCUGAAUAUUUGACUGCUCAUUAUGAUGAGUUCUUUGAUCUAUACGAAAAACUCUUGACAUCUUCUAAUUAUGUGACAAGAAGGCAAUCUUUAAAGCUUCUAUCGGAAUUUCUUUUGGAGCCUCCAAACUCCCAUAUAAUGAAGCGCUACAUUUUAGAAGUUCGGUAUUUGAAAAUCAUGAUGACAUUGCUGAAGGAUGCAAGCAAAAACAUUCAGAUUUCUGCUUUCCAUAUCUUCAAGGUUUUUGUUGCUAAUCCUAACAAACCAAGAGAAGUAAAGAUUAUUCUGGCAAAAAACCAUGAGAAAUUGCUGGAUUUGCUUCACAAUCUCUCAGGAAAAGGUGCUGAAGAUGAGCAAUUUGAAGAGGAAAAGGAACUAAUUAUUAAGGAAAUUGAAAGAGUAUCCAGGUUGCCAAUUCUUGAUCGCUAGGUACCUUCUCGUUGAUAUCUAUUCUAUUAAAUGCUAAUUCUGAGUGAUGAUCUUCCAUGGUGUGGAAACUGUCUGCUAAGGAUAGAAAGUUGCAUUUAAGGAUUAUCUGAGCCCCUGGUUUUAGAGGAUAUAUGAGAAAUUGCAAGCCCUUGUAAUAUCUUGUUAGAAGUGUCUCUGGAAAGGAUGGUAUUGUUGUACAAGGUGUGAAGAAAAUAUAACUAGAUUUGACUUCUAAGUGGCCAACAAAGGUGAUUGUAUGAGCAUCUGCCCACUCAUUGUGCUUUGGUAUAAUACCAUGUAAGUGUUGUAUGACCCGGUUCUGUAGCAUAAUUGAAGCAUAUUUCCCCUUAACAAGUAAAGGUUUGGUUUGUUAGUUCUUUGUCCUGGAAUCCUGUGAACAUUCUUCAGUGAUUGAGCAACAUGAUGGAAUUUGCUGUAUUGUUGGUA